AUGGUCUCUCUCAAAGAACAUCUCAAAGCCAAGCUCCGGGGGAAGGACGCUCCAACGGCUCCGCAAGCUAGAGCCUCUCCCACCGCCGUUACCCCACCUGCACAGGCCGCUCCCGGUUCUGCCGCAUCUCCGCCUAGCAUACCGGAGCGACUGUGGAACCGAGCGUACGAGCAUGCAAAAGCGAACGACUCGAGCACUGUCGAUGCCUAUGAGAAGAUCCUGUCCGUCCGGCUGGUGGAGCACAAUGCAGACGUGCCAGACGCUCCACACCCUGCGGACCUCGCGUCGCAGCAAAACGAGAUCGCACAGAACGCGGACAAACGGCGGAUGCAGAUGCAGCAGCUCGUCCAGUAUGGGCUACGCAAGACAGAAAAGGACGCAAAAGUCAAGCAAGGGGUAGGAGAUGGCAUCCAGGCCGCUAUGGCCGUCAAGGAAGUUGUGGAAAAGGCGAUCCAGGCGUCGCCUGAGGCCGCUGUCGCCUGGGUCGGCGUGUGUUUUGCGCUUGAGGUUUGGAUUCCCACAAUCCUGAUGAACCCGCUUACCCAGGCGAGCUCUAACCGCCAGGGUAUUGCCUACGUUGUAUCGAGGAUGGACUGGUACUGGCACCUGUCGAGCCUGCUGCUGGACGAGAACAUGACCGAAGCGCGCUCGAAGGAAUCAAGAGGCCAGCUCGAGGAGGUGGUCACUCAGCUGUACGCGAAGCUGCUGCUGUACCAGAUGAAGAGCGUGUACUACUACCACCGCAGCCGGUUUGCGACGUUCAUGCGAGACCUCGUCAAGCUUGAGAACUGGGACGGCGAGCUGAGCGACAUACAAGCGGCAGAGAGGGCGGUGCGGGCAGAUUCGGUGCAGUACAACACGUCUUCGAUUAGAGCUCAGCUUGGUGCGAUCGCUGAGACGGCCAAGUCGCAGAACGCCAAAUUAGACAGCAUCAGCUCCGCGAUCCGAGAGCAAACACGACAGCAGGAAAGGAUGCACGAGACGAGCGAGGAUAAGAGGUGCUUGGCGGACUUGCGUCUGACUGAUCCUCGCGACGACAAGAAGCGUAUUGAAGAGACAAAGGGCGGCCUGCUCAAAGACGCAUACCGUUGGGUGCUCGACCAUCCGGACUUUCGGCGGUGGCGCGACGAUGCGCACACUCAGCUGCUGUGGGUGAAGGCCGAUCCCGGCAAAGGCAAGACGAUGCUCCUCUGCGGUAUUAUCGACGAGCUGCAGGAGUCAAUAGACUCGACAGGCGUGCUCUCGUACUUCUUCUGCCAGGCCACCGACUCGCGUAUCAACAAUGCUACAGCUGUGCUGCGAGGGCUGCUGUACAUACUUGUUAGCCAGCAGCCGUCGCUGGUCUCACACGUUCGUAAGAAGUACGAUUGCGCAGGCAAGACCAUGUUCGAGGAUGCAAACGCGUGGGUUGCCUUGAAAGAGGUCUGUGCAGACGUGCUGCGGGACCCGUGCUUAACUACUACGUACCUAAUCAUCGACGCGCUAGACGAGUGCGUCACUGACCUGCCAAAGCUGCUUGAUUUUAUAGCAAAGCACUCGUCUGCCUCUUCUCGCAUUAAGUGGAUUGUCUCUAGCCGUAACUGGCCAGAGAUAGAGAGAAGCCUAGAGGAUGCAGGCCACCAGGUCAAGCUGAGCCUCGAGCUCAAUGCAGCGUCUGUGUCGACGGCGGUCCAAGUCUUUAUCGAUCAAAGGGUCUCUAAGCUCGCGCAGCAGAACAAGUACGACGAGCGAACUAAGCGCGCUGUGCUCGAGCAUCUAGCAUCGAAUGCGAACGACACCUUCCUCUGGGUAGCGCUGGUGUGUCAGCACCUUCAUGCGACGGCGAAACGAAACGUUCUGAGGAAGCUGGAAUUGUUCCCGCCUGGACUGGACGCCCUGUACGAGAGGAUGAUGCAGCAGAUCAGCAAGACGGACGAUGCUGAGCUCUGCAAGCAGGUGCUGGCUGCGGUCGCACUCGUGUACCGGCCAAUCACGCUCGAGGAGCUAGUGACCCUUGUCGAGCCGCUCGAAGACGUAGCUGACGACGCAGAGUUACGAGAGAUUAUCGGCCUUUGCGGCUCGUUCCUUGCCCUGCGAGGGCAGACUGUGUACUUCGUGCACCAGUCAGCCAAGGACUUUCUCCUCGCCAAGGUAGUUCAAGAAGUCUUCCCAGCCGGACGGGAGGCCGUCCACCACGCCAUCUUUGCUAGGUCGCUUCAGAUUAUGUCCAUGACCCUGCGACGGGACAUGUAUGGCCUAAAGGCGCUGGGCACGCUUAUCGACGACAUUCCGAUGCCUAAGCCGGACCCGCUAGCAGCGGUGCGCUACUCGUGUGUUCACUGGGUCGACCAUCUACGCGACUCGAAUCCUACGGCUUCCGCAACCUAUGCAGAACGUCUGAGAGAUGGAGGCGUUGUUGAUAGAUUCUUGAGGGAAAAGUAUCUAUAUUGGCUAGAAUGUCUUGGCCUCUGCAAGAGCAUGUCGAAAGGCGUAGUCUCGAUGAGGGAGCUACAGAUGUUAGUGCAGGCGUAUGUAUCUGCGCUGUUGUUCAGUCCAAAGCAGAGUGUAGUGAGAAAGCUGUUUCAGUAUGAAGAGCCAGAAGGUAUUUCUUUCACGCCAGACAUAAGGGACAAUUGGAGCGCGUGUCUGCAGACGCUCGAGGGCCAUAGCGGUUAUGUCUACUCUGUAACCUUCUCGCACGACUCGACGCGGCUAGCAUCAGCAUCGUGGGACAACACCGUCAAGGUGUGGGAUGCGAGCAGCGGCGCGUGCCUGCAGACGCUUAAGGGCCAUAGCAGUUAUGUCAGCUCUGUAACCUUCUCGCACGACUCGA